AUGAAUGCUCUGUUAACCGCACGUAUUAUCGACUCUCUCUUCACGCGCGAAUAUAAUGAUAACAUUAUUAACAACAACAAUAUACACAGGUUGAAAACGGUUUCUAAAGCCGCGAGAAAGACCCCGGUCGCGUUCGCCGUCAACGCCGAACAAAAAGCGGUCGUCGUUCUCACCGGUACGGCUGGCGUCGCGGGCACGUUAACUUUGACGCAAGAUGACCCGUCUGGCGCGACGACGGUUGUCGGCGACAUCACCGGUUUGGCGCCGGGCAAACACGGUUUGCACGUGCACGAAUUCGGAGACACGACCAACGGGUGCAUGUCCACUGGUCCGCACUUUAACCCGAACAAGAUGACGCACGGCGCGCCGACGGAUUCAGUCAGACACGCCGGGGAUUUGGGUAACGUCAUCGCGGAUGCCGGCGGGUGCAAGUUUACCAUUAAGGAUAUGCAAAUUCCUUUGUCCGGGGCAAACUCCAUCGUCGGCAGAGCGUUCGUGAUUCACGAGUUGGAAGAUGAUUUGGGUAAAGGGGAUAACUCGGAAAUCGGCACGCAAGGCAAGACGAGUUCCACGACCGGUAACGCGGGCGCAAGGUUGGCCUGCGGCGUCGUGGGUUUAACUCCCUAA